AGCGGAGGCAGACGUUCGAACCAUUCUUCUCCUCCUCCCCGCGGCGACACAACCACGUCGUCGCCGACGACCCCACCCACCGAAUCGCGCCUCUCCACCGUUCCCGCCAACCGCAAAGCCUCCGCGGCCCUUCUAGAGGCUUCCAGAAGGAUCUCUCCCGGCGACGGCGCGCGCUCGGGGGACCCCCUUCUCGAAGCGCACGCAUUUGCCGUCUCCCGCUCGAGAUCUCCCAGGCCGGCCGGCCUCGGAGCGCGGACGGACGCGCCGCGUGAUCCGCGAGGAGGAGGAGGCUUCGGGGAGGGAAGAUGGCGGUGUCGGCGCUUCCUCGGACGAUGGACGCGCUGACGCGGCGGGCGACCAUGCUGCGCGACUCGCUGCACAAGAGCCAGGGGAACACGGACGGCAUGGUCGCCAUCCUCGGCUCCUUCGACCACCGCCUCUCCGCGCUCGAGGCCGCCAUGCGCCCCACCCAGGUGAGGACGCAUGCGAUCCGGAUGGCGCACGAGAACAUCGACAAGACGCUCAAGGCCGGCGAAGCCAUCCUCUCCCAAUUCGACCUCACCCGUCGGGCCGAGGCAACGAUAUUAAGAGGUCCCCAUGAGGAUUUGGAGAGCUACUUGGAGGCAGUGGAUACGCUGAAAGGAAUCUCCCGCUUCUUUUCCUCGAAUAAGAACUUCAGAAGCAGUGAAGGAAUUCUGAAUCACGUCAACGGUCUGUUAGCGAAGUCUUCUCUGAAGAUCGAAGAAGAAUUUAAGCAGCUGAUGACUACGUACAGCAAACCAAUUGAGCCCGAUCGUCUCUUUGAUUGUCUACCCAAGUCUCUGCGGCCAUCAAAAGAUGAUGAGGAUGAGAAUGCUAACCAGUCUGACCAUCCAUCCAAAGGCUUGGAAACUGCUGUAUACAAGACCCCGACACUAGUUCCUCCAAGAAUACUGCCACUCAUGAAUGACAUAGCUCAGCAGUUGGUUCAGGCUGGAAAUCAACAGUCAUGCUACAAAAUUUACAGAGAAUCCCGUGGUGCAGCACUAGAGUCGAGCCUUCGGAAGCUGGGAGUAGAAAAACUUACUAAAGAUGACGUGCAAAAGAUGCAAUGGGAGGCUUUGGAGGCUAAGAUUGGAAACUGGAUACAGUUUAUGCGUAUUGCGGUUAAACUACUACUAGCUGGAGAAAGAAAAAUCUGCGAUCAGAUUUUUGAGGGUGCCAACUUUAACAGGGACCAAUGUUUUGCAGAAAUGGCAACAAAUAGUGUCGUGACUCUUCUCAGCUUUGGAGAUGCUGUUGCGAAAAGCAAAAGGUCUCCUGAAAAGCUGUUUGUAUUGCUAGACAUGUACGAAGUAAUGCGUGAACUUCAAUCGGAGAUUGAGGUGGUUUUCGAGGGAAAGGCUUGCUCUGAGAUGAGAGAGGCUGCAUUGGGCUUGACUAAGCGCUUGGCACAAACUGCUCAAGAAACCUUCGCUGAUUUUGAGGAGGCAGUUGAAAAGGAUGCUUCAAAGACUAUCGUUCAAGAUGGAACUGUGCAUCCUCUGACAAGCUAUGUGAUUAAUUAUGUUAAAUUCCUGUUUGAUUAUCAGUCGACACUGAAGCUUCUGUUUCAGGAAUUUGAAACUGGUAGUGAGACAGAAUCUCAGCUUGCUGUUGUUACUACGAGGAUAAUGCAAGCACUACAGAAUAACCUAGAUGGAAAAUCUAAACAAUAUAAGGAUCCUGCGCUAACUCACUUAUUUCUUAUGAACAAUGUUCACUAUAUGGUUAGAUCUGUUCGCAGAUCAGAAGCAAAGGAUAUACUUGGCGAUGACUGGAUUCAGAGGCACCGUAGAAUUGUGCAGCAAAAUGCCAAUCAGUACAAACGUGUUGCUUGGGCAAAGGUUCUUCAGGCACUUUCCGUACAAGGUGCGCCAGGCAGCACUGGUUCGUCGACACCAGCAGACCUUAACAGCAGCGGAGUUUCAAGAGCUGUGAUCAAAGAACGGUUUAAAGCUUUCAAUACGCAAUUUGAAGAACUUCAUGCGAAGCAAUCUCUAUGGAUUGUACCUGAUCAAGAAUUGCGUGAAUCCUUGAGGCUUGCUAUAGCUGAGGUUCUGUUACCAGCCUAUCGGUCUUUCAUAAAACGUUUUGGCAAUCUUGUUGGGAGCGGCAAGAAUCCGCUGAAGUACAUCAGGUACAGCCCUGAACUGGUGGACAAACUCUUGAACGAGUUCUUUGAAGGGCAGCAAUAUGGUGAGCCGAAGCACCAGCAUCGCCUGUAAGGUCUCUGCGGCAUCAAGACCCAACCCCGCAAAGAUCCCCGUCGAAGCACACAACUAACGAUCCCUUUGCACAGUAGCAGCAAUGCUGAUCAUCAUAUAUACUACCAAUAUAGUGACCACCACAGAAAAGAAGAAGGGUUUGCUGUUUCGUAGUCCCAGUGGCUCACAUGGCAGGCUAACACGGCGUAAAGGCAUCGUUCUUCGUAAUAUCAGCCUUGUUCUCCAUAAUAUAUCAGAUGUUGUUCUAUCGUGUUAACCCUCAGAUUUCUUACUUUUAUGAUUUCUACUUCAUCGGUGUAGUAGAUCCAUCUUGCUCUCAAUUGCAGCAAGAUUUGUUCUAAUGAGCUUAUUUUUCA